GUACCGCAUCGGCGAAUGAGCCGCUCCGCUGCUCCUUGACACACGCACCACGCACCUGCGUACAGUGCAGCGACACGCCAGUCACAGGACUGUUACCCAUACUGGACCAGACGGCUGGACCUCUACAGCGACAGAAGAUGUCUUCCAAAUGGUGCACUAUGUCUGUGACAGCUACUCUUACGCUGAUGGUUGCAAUGGUUUUGGCAAACACCGAAUUACCGAAGCAGACGCUGCAGCUGAAGAGCUUCUCGGAGUGUGAGGACCGCGGCACGGACGAGCUGCGCUUCGCCGUCACCCAGCACGGCGGCCUCUUCUCGGGCAGCAUCGUCUUCAAGCGGCCGCUGGACAGCAACGUGCAGGCGGUGACGGAGAUAUCGCGUUGGAUGGACCGCCCUAGUGAGUGGGGCCGCACGUUCCACAUCCACCGCAUCGCUGACGCGUGCCGCGGCUUCCUGGGGAUAGUCCCCAGCUUCGGACAGUCCAUAAGCGAGUGCAUGGGCAUCGAAGAAGUCUGUCCCGUGCCUGCGGGCGAGUACACGCUGGACAACUGCGAGCUGAGCCUGAGCAACGUGACCCGCCGCCUGCCGCCGGGGGAGUUCCGGCUGGCGGUCUCCCUGAAGAACGCCACGCACCUGCUGGGCCGCUUCAACAUCGUCGUCGAGGUGGCCAACUCCAGGCCCGAGUAGCGGCGGCGUCGCCACCGCAGUGGGACACUUUGUCGCAUAGGGAGACGUGGGACAGGCGCAGUCUAGAUCUCGUCUGUUAACAUCGAAUGUCUCGAUAAAAAAACAUAAAGCAG